AUGAAGUCUAAUGCAUUUCACAGGCGUACAGAUAGGCCUAAAUAUGAAAUAAUUUUACAGAGCAUUCAUAUAUCAGUUGAUGAAUACAUCCAUUAUGCUGGAGAACCAAAACGUCAAGGGAAUGACUGGUCGCAAUUGUUUACCGAAUGGCUACCAUUCAGACCCCAUGUCUGCCCUUCUGUGGACCCAGGCUCAAACGAACAGUAUACUAUGGUUCAGACCCACAAAAUGCAUUGUAGGUCUUCUGUACAAAGAAUUUGCUAUCAUUAUCACCAAGACCACAAGACCAGGAGAGGCGGAUUUCACCUGUCUACCAUCUACAACGGACAUUGCUCUGGUAAUAUCACGACAUGUUCUAACUUCGAAUGUAAGCGGUCCUGUGUGGACGGAUAUCAUCGUGAUUCUAACGGCAAGUGUGUCAAUACAGUCGCACUGACGUGUUUCAAUGGUGGAUCACUUAAUCUUAACUUGACCAAAUGUGUUUGUCCUGCCAACUUCACUGGCGACCAGUGUGAUAUCCCAAUCUGCAGUCCAAGCUGUAAGAACGGAGGAGUGUGUUCCCUGCCUCCAAAUUCUAGGUGUCACUGCCCAGACUACCUUACCGGAACCAGAUGUGAAAUACCUUUGUGUGGCACAGGCUGCCGGAAUGGGGGAGAGUGUGUCUUCACAGGGAUCACCUCUCAAUGUGUCUGUCGUCCCGACUUCACCGGGCAUCGCUGUGAAAGCUACAAUGACUACCUGCAAGAAUGUGCUGCUAGUGACGAAGUUGAUAAUAGCACCAUAUGUUUCACCGACGAGCAAUGUGGUGGCCUGGGAUACUGUUGUAGUUUGUCCCCCAGGUCAUAUUACGGACAUUGCUCUAUGCCCGAGAACAACAUCACAUGUAUUCACUCGGAUGGAGCGGUGGUGGCCAAAAAUGACAUCUAUAACAGUGUGCGCGACUGCGAAGUGUGUGUAUGCAGCGCCCCGGUGAACACUUCAGCCGAACAUGGAGAUAUCCAAUGUACAUCCAGCGGCUGUUCUGGUGAUUUCUUGUCCAAUUCUAUAUGUUGUCCAAACACAACAGACAACAAGCCUUGCCCACCACCUGUCAUCAAAGGUUGUCCUGAUAAAGAUGAGAUCCUACCCGUGGUGGUGUCGUCACACUACAACAAUGCUCUUCUCGUCAACAAUUUCGAUGCACAUAAUUGCCUGGGGGACUUUUUACAUGUCAAACUGGACAGAGUCUACUUUUCAGCUUGUGAAUGUAGCACCCCGAGUACUUACACUGUAACAGCAACGUCUGAGAGGGACUUCAACAACAGACAGGGGACUUGUGACUUCCGAGUUGUUGUUAAAGAUAUUACACCCCCGAUUUUCAUUUCGUGUCCUGCUGAUAUCUACAUCCGCCAAGGGGAGACGGUGAGCUGGAACAAACCGAAAGCAGCGGACAAUGUCGGGAUUAAACAGUUGAAUCUCUAUAAUUCUAACAUAAAAAACAACAGCAUGGAUGUCGGUCCAGGGGUGUAUUUCCUCCAUUACACAGCCAUUGACUGGCAAGAUAAUAUGGCCUUCUGUCGCUUUAAGGUUAAUGUCUACAAAAACGAUGAUUCUAAAUACCCUCUUGAACUUAAAGAAAGGAAGACAUCCGUAUCCCCUGUGAUCAUAGGUGGCACUGUUGCUGGAGUACUUUGUGUUACUCUGAUUGCUCUCGUGAUCGCCUUGGUAAGAGUUUGGCAUAUUCGAAAAAAGCGUCUUCAAGAUGUUCAGCGACGACAGCAACAACUCCAGCCUGUCGACAUAUUUAGUAUCUAUACUAACGAUCCUCCACCAUAUGAAGUUGCUGCCAAGCACAAACUCCCUGAAUACAGCGCUUCAGACAAUCCUCCUACAUAUGAUGACGUCACCAAAGAAGCUUACGAUAACCCAUCAUACGCUUCAACAGAAGAAAUCGCUAGUACGUCAGAAGGCAUGCGCAGUGAAAUGAGAAGUACGGGAAGCAAACGUGUAACGGUCGUGUGA